AUGAAGCGAUCUGCUGAGCAUGCCUAUGAGCAGCACUUGGAUUCAGUGCUGCGAUUCCCGAAGAGCCGACAGGUGCAACCGUGGGAGGUAUCUCCGAUUUUGUAUCCUUUCAGGAUUUUCCCACAGCUGCCGAGACAUCAGUACCGAACAGGGCAUCCAGCUCCUGCCACAGUCCCAGAAGGUUUGCCCUCGGUGCAUACUGGUGCAGAGUCUCUGUCGCAUGUCGGGCCAAAGGCUAAGGAUUCAGGGAAGCCUUGGCGAGCAAAGAUGUCUGAGAAUCGAACUGCUGGUUUGGUUAAGUGGGAGAGGAUAAUUGAGUCUCAUUCUCCUCACUUCAACUUGAUCAGUGAAGCCAAGAGCGACCCUCAUCUCGCUCCUUACAGCCUCAAUGAGAUUCUGAGCGACGUCUUUGCCGUUAAGGCCAGCAGCACACUGCACAGCCGUGCAGGACCUGUUUUGCGAUUCUUGAAAUUUUGCAAAGAGCGAAAGCUUGAGCCCUUCCCGGUCAAGGAGGGCUUGCUGUAUCAUUUCAUGAAGGAAUAUUGCUCGCAACAGGCGCCUACAUUUGCAUCCAGUUUCCUGGGAUCGAUGGCCUUUUGCCACCAUCUUCUUGGGUUACAGUGCGAGGGCAACGUGUUCACUGCCCGAGUGACAGGCGCUGCUCGUGGGUUUUUCCUUGAGAAACGCAAGCUUGUGCAGAAGCCCCCAUUGUCUGUGCUCAUGGUGGAGGCCCUCGAAGACAUAGUUCAUGGGAGAGGUGACUUCAGCAUGGCGGAUCGCUAUGCAGCAGGCUGUUUCCUUUUUGCUGUCUUUGCAAGGGCAAGGUUCAGUGACAUGCAAAACAGUGGGCUCAUGGUUCGUGAUGUUGCUGAGACUUCGGAUGGUCCUCGCGGCUACCUUGAAGCAAAAGUUACUAGAACCAAGACGGCCUACACUUUGGAGCGCAAAACAAGACAUCUUGCUAUGUGCGCCCCGAUCAACGGCCUCACUUCGAGCAGUUGGGCCUUGAAGUGGUGGGACAUUGCACUUGAACACGGCCCUAAGUCUGGUGAGGAUCAGCCUUUGUUGCCGUCGCCUGUUGAGAAUGGAGGCUGGCAGGAGGCUCCCAUUUCUGUGGAAGCUGGUGGCCGAUGGCUGAGGAGCCUGCUUUACAGGGCUGGGGUUGAUGCUUCUGCCGUUCGGGCCUUGGGGACGCAUUCUUUGAAGGCCACGCUGCUUAGUUGGAGCGCGAAGUGGGGAAUGCCUAAAGAGCUUCGCUUGAUUCUCGGCUACCAUAGUGCAUCUCGGGCCGACAGCGACGUGGUGUACGGGCGAGACAACGUUGCUCCAGCCCUUCGUGCGCUGGACCCGAUGAUUGAUGCCAUCGUCGCGGGGCGGUUCAAGCCCGACUGUCUUCGUGAGUCCCUGGGGAAGGCUCCGGUGUACAGGCACAACAUCACUAGGCGAGACGCUGUGUUUGAGAGUGCUGCUGUGAGGGCUCGCUGUGUUUGGGAUUGCAUGCUUGCUGGUGAAGCCAUGGCGGCUUCUUAUUCAGAUAGCCGUAGCGUCUUCGAUGCUCGUGUAGAUGCUUGUGGACUGCCUGCUGAGGAUGCAGCAAAAGUUAAGGCAUCGGUGGGCUCGCUGAGGCAGCUGGCUUUUAUCUCCAGCUUUACUCCAGGACAGGCGAAUGAAGCGCCGUUGAUGGAAUCUCUUAAGACCAUGCUUAAUCGUGAUGCUGAGUUGGCCGUUCAGGCCAGCUUCCGAGCUCUUUAUCACGAGGCAUACGCCGUCGUGACUCAGGAGAUGAGACAGAAGAUCGAGAAGAGCGAGGAGCCUACUUCUAGGCGCCUCACCCAGCCGGAAAGGGCUGAACGUUAUGACCGGCAGUGCAAAAAGCUUUCGGGCAUCACGAUAAAGGGUGCUUCUGAGCCGAGCGAAGCCUUGGUGGACAGGGCAGUUUCUUCUUAUGAGAUUAAUGAGCUGCGUUACAUUCCUUGGGAUGUUUGCACAUCUCGUGAGCAGGAGGUUGCAUCAGAGCGAAAGAGAGAUACCCGGUUCACUCUUGAUGAGAACACCGGGAAACUGAAGGUUGAGACCAAGGAUGCUGAAGAUAAAGCAUGCACCACUUCUGAG